AUGUCUGCUGAGCCAUCGCCGCGCUCGGGCACGCCCGUCAACGCCAAUGGCAGUAUUGAGCCCUCUCCUCACUCCCAACUACCGACUAAUCCAGCCACCGCGACCAUUCUGCCAGACCGCUCCAUGGCCAACGCACCACUCGAGAACGCCUCGUCCAACAGCACCACCUCCGCCGCCAACGCAGCCUCCACUUUCGUGCCACCCUGGCGCCGUCCUACCAUUACCAUCGACGGGCAACGACCCUCCGAGCGCCGAGCAAGUGUUCAGUUCGUGCCUCACGCCAAAGACACCGGUUCUCGCAGCAGCAGCGCCAAACCUCCCACUCAACGCAAGACUUCGGUUCGCAACUCAAUGGGGCAACGGCGGAUGAGUAGCCCGCCACCACCACCUCAGUUUCGCCCGAGUGUGAGCUUCGACACCUUUGCCAACCCUGCGGCCAGUGACUUCAGCUUGACUCUCAAUCGGAAACACAGAGACUACGUCUAUACGAAGCGGAGCAGGACCUUCCUGUGCGGCACGGACACAAACGACUAUAGCGAUACGGCACUGGAGUGGUUGAUCGAUGAGCUAGUGGAUGAUGGUGACGAGGUGGUCUGCCUGAGGGUGGUCGAGAAGGACAGCAAAGAGGCGACAAAAUGGAGCGCUGGUCAAGGGGAGAAGGGUUACCGUAGAGAGGCGGCCAAAUUCAUGGAAGAGAUUCAGAAGAAGAACACUGACGAUCGUGCCAUCUCGCUGGUACUGGAGUUCAGUAUUGGCAAGGUCCAUGACACGAUCCAGCAAAUGAUAAGGAUAUAUGAGCCUGCGAUCCUGGUCGUUGGAACGCGAGGACGGAGUCUGACGGGCUACCAAGGUCUUCUGAGCUCUGGGAGUGUCAGUAAGUACUGCCUGCAAUAUUCACCGGUGCCGGUCAUCGUGGUGCGGCCGAGUAGCAAGCGAGAGGCGAAGAAGAAGAAACGCCUACAGGAUCCUUCUCGUGGCGGAUAUAGGGAUAUCCUAGAUAAGUCCGAGGAUGCUCCUAGAGGCAAGGGAGGGCACCUGCUUGAUGUCAACAACCGCAUGUCCAUCAUGUCUUCCAACCUUGGAGCUCUUGGGGAAAUGUCAAAGGCUGGUGAUGAAGACGACGAAGCAAGAAGGGUCGCAGAAGCUAUUGGCUACAGAAGUCGAAGCUCGGAAAACAUGCCCAACCACGCCCGUGGCAGCUCACUGUCGAGGAUCGCAUCUGCGCAAUCAGAUCGUAGCGGCCGCGAUGAUGUUCAAUCGCCACCUGGUCGACUACUUAAAUCUCCUGAACUUGGAGUCGUUGACUCGCCCCCUGGUUCGGACGAGGAAGACGAAGGGGAGGAUGAAGAUCUCGGCGCGCUUCAAGAGUCUAUCAGACCUGAAGACGAAGCUGCAAUGCUGGCCUACGAGCGUGCGCAGCAAGUGUACGAAGAGGAGCAAGAAGAGGCAGUGGCUAGGUCCCAACGCAGUGCCAGCCGUCAGGGCCAUCGGUCUGGGUCGAGAGGGAGGCAGAGGAACGACGACGAAGAGGGUGGCGGAGCGGCAGUUCUUGAUAUUUUCGAGAAGCUGAAUCGUGGUAUCAAGAGCUGA